AUGCGGCCUCGAGGUAGCAUCGUCCCCAGGCGCAUAGCCGUCCCACCGCCAGCGGCCCCGAGCUUCAUCUGCUCGACCUGCAGGUUCGCAGCAGCAGCAGCAGCAGCGCCGCGGCGAGCUCGACCAUUCUCAUCAACAUCACCAGCGCGGUCGUCGCCGAUCCCACCACCGCCACCGCCGUCAGGACUUGUCGCACUCUCAUCAAGACGUCUCAUCUCUGUCUCCGGGCCGGACUGCCCCAAGUUCCUGCAGGGCGCCAUCACCCAGAACAUCCUCCCACUCGCCAGCAGCAGCAGCAGCGACAGUGCCGUCGCCGCAGGCUCAUACGGCGCCUUCCUGAACGCCACGGGCCGUGUGCUGCACGAUGUCUUCAUCUACCGGGACCCCCGCGGCGCCACCCCCGGCGAGAGCUUCCUGAUCGAGGUCGACGCGGCCGAGGCGCCCAGGCUGGAGCGCCACAUCAAGCGCUACAAGCUGCGCGCCAACUUCGCCGUGCGCCUGCUCGCCCCGGGCGAGGUCACCGUCUGGCACGGCUGGGACGACAAGGCCGGCGCCGCCGCCGCCCUGGCCGUCGGAGAAGCCCCGCACCAGCUCCUGCACCUCAGGGACCCCAGGGCGCCGGGCUUGGGGCACCGGAUCCUGACCGAGGCCGGGCGGGACCCGGCGGUGGAGCUGGAGAGGGCGACGGCCGGCGAGGACGCCUACCGCGUGAGGAGGUACCUCAUGGGGGUCCCCGAGGGCCAGUCCGAGCUCGCCCGCGAGGGGGCGCUCCCUCUCGAGGCCAACAUGGACGUCAUGGGCGGCAUCGACUUCCGCAAGGGCUGCUACGUCGGCCAGGAGCUCACCAUCCGCACCAGGCACCGCGGCGUCGUGCGGAAGCGCGUGCUGCCGGUGAUGAUCUACGGCGCGGACGGGGGCGAGGAGCAGCCCUCGCAGCUGGAGUACCUCCCCGCCGCGGACGGUGGCUCUGCUGUGGCUGUGGCCGUGGCCUCCGCCAUCCCCACGGACACGCGCAUCGGGAGGCUGGGCAAGAGGGGCCGCAGCGCAGGGAAGUGGUUGCGCGGCGUGGGUAAUGUCGGCCUGGCGUUGUGCCGGCUUGAGGUCAUGACCGACGUCGUCCUGCCUGGGGAGCCGGCGGCGAGCUCUUACACGCCCGCUGACGAGUUUGUGAUGGAGGGUCAGGCGGGCGAGGACGGGCAGGAGGACCCUUUUAAGGUCAGGGUCAAGGCUUUUGUGCCCGAGUGGCUGAGGCAGGGUUUGGAUGAACAGCAGAAGCAUUGA